CGCGCGGUUCCCCAGUCGUCCUCGGUCUGUGGAGGGGAGAGCGUCGCGUCCGACGGUGGUGGCGCGGGCGCCGCGAGUGAUUGUGCGGUGUGGGGCUGAUUGUGAGGUGAUUGGUGAUCUGACCGGGACGGAACGAGCACGAGUGAUUCGACACGAUGACCAGAAACAAGUCAGACGAUUGGGAUGUGGAUAUUAAAUCGGCUCACAUUCCAGCCGUUCACGAGCCGCCCCGGUUUGAGAUGGCCCGCACUCCGGAGCACCGUCUAAACUCGGGCAGCUUUCAGCGCUCUGCCACCAUGACCAUCGCGCUGGACGGAGAACAGGCGCACCUGAGCGGCGGCGGGUGGGGGCGAGGCGGGGACACGGGGGACGGCCGGCACGUGCCGCUCAUCGUGUGCGGAGUGACCGCCGGCCUUCUGCUGGUGCUCAGCGCCGCCCUCACCCUACUCCUCUGGAGGAGACGCGCCAUGAAGAGCAGGAGCGAAAAGAUCUACAAGUUGCGGAAAGAGGAGAAGGACCCUUGGUCAGAAAGCCCGCCAGGAAAAAGCUCCGGCUGCCUGAAGCUGUGUACGGAGGGUAUCCGCGGCUCGGGCCUCCCCAUCUACUAUCAUCGCGCUUCCCAGCCGGCAUCGCCCGCGCAGACGCCGACUACGACCGCUGCUGAUGUCACCAGCACACCGCUGCAACACAAGCCGCCGACAGCGCCGCCGCUGACGGUCAAAUCUCACAACAUCCCUCCUCCUCUGGAGCCGAGCGGCGGUCGGCCCAAGGACUCCCCGCGGUGGACCGACAACGUCGUCUACAUCUCCGGAUACAGCCCGACCCUGGAGAAACGGAGACCACUGGGCGAGCCCGCCACCUCCGCCACCGCCUCUGCGCAGGCAGAGGUGCACGAUACGACCGCCGCGUACCGGACGCUGCCGUCCAAACAGAAACGACUGCAGCAGUUCUACGCGGCCGCCUCGGCUGCCGAUGUCGGGCCGUGUGCUCCCAGCGCUGGAGAAGUGAGUCCAGACCGAGUGGAUCUCAUGCUGCUGGACGAGGAAAUGAGGACCCGCAGUCUGCCCUCCUGGAUGAGGAACAAGAACAAGGGCAAACUGCAGGACUCCAGCCAACACCCGCUGAGCUUCAGCCACAAGCAGCGGAACCGGAUGGGCAACGACGCUGCCUCUGUGAUCGCACGCGCGCGCACCCACUACCCCAGCCGCUCGGGGCAGGAGCCGACCAUCGUCUACGACGUCAGAACGGCCCUAUAGUGACGUCAUAGGGACGCAGAGCGGCACUGACGUCACGACGGAUCUCCAGUGGUAUCGUGAUGGAACUCUAGUGACGAUGAAAUGGAACUCCGGUGACGUGAAAAUGGAACUCUUGGUUGCGUCACGGUCCUAGUGCAGAACUCUGGUACCGUUACGACGGAACCCUGGUGACGUAGUGAAGUCAUACUGGACAUAUAGAAACGUUUUGGGUUGACAGUAGUCGUGUGACUUAGAUGAAAGUGAAGUGAUCAAAUGGCAGCUGAUACCACAGUGACAUCAAAUUAUCUUUUAGUGACGAUUCAGUGACGAAAGGAAAGAGAUGCAUCAGUGGUGUGCGAUUGCUGCGACGAGCUAAAACAUUGUGGGAGAAUUAUGUGAGCACACGAUCAACGUAAAGCAUACAGUCAACCUAUAACUUCGUAUGGUUUCAUGUCCCUUCUACCAUUUGUAUGAUCAUUUCCUCAGUUUACAUCGUCUGAAAUGAGGACAGCGACAUGUUACGUGUGUGUUUUCGUUUGGUGGGUCGUCACGGGCUUGGUGGAUGUGUUUGAUGCUGUGCUACCUUGGUCUCAUCUCAUUCGAGCAAAGUAUCAACUGAGGCAGCCAAUGUCAGGAUGAUAGGCUGGAUCCCGCGCCAGAUCCACCGAGUUACAGACAUCUCAUCAGCCUGGGAUGGCUCGGUGGCUCCUAAAACCGACUCGUGCCCAAAAAGUUACCACGAGUCCUUAUAACCAGUCUGGAUUCUGUUUAUGGAGGAGAAUAAGGUCCCCGUCACGGGUUACGCCUGUCACUGAGGAAAGGACUGGCGUAGCUUUAUUCUUUAGUGUCCGUACACUUCAUCACACGAAGCGGACAUUUUUUUUAUAGUGAUUGAGGCUAAAUCGGGCUACAACUAGGCAUUUACCAGAAGCAAGGGAAGGGCGAAUGUGGACGGGUCUAGUCAAAUGGCUACACUUCUUCAGGCAAGGUAUCUCGGCAUUUAAUUGAUGUGUGACAGCGGUCAUGCUUGAGUAAUGAGUAUGUAGGCUGGUGGUAUGGUGUAAGCCAUCGUUUAAGCUCUCGGUUUUGAUAAGGCAUUGGACCGUCUCGCGGACGGGUUUUGCUGGUCCCAUUUCACUCGUGUGACAUCACGCACUACAUGUGACGUCACCUGACCAAAGACAAGCGAACGACGUGGGAUAUCAGAGUGGGAUGCGUUUUGCUUUUGGAUAUACGGCUUGGCGAAUGUCAUAAUUGUUGCACCGCACCACCACCGCGCAUGCAUGAAAUGCAAUGUGUGUGCUUGUUGGGCUUGGCUGCAGACGGCUGAUAUUGUGAAGGAAUUGAUGACGUCAUACGUGAUGACGUGCAGUGUCCGGCGGUCAGAUGGUUUGUUUGUUUGUUUUGUUGGGUUAGGCCCUUUCGGUCCAAUUAGGCCAUUUCAGAGCCGGGAGGAUGAUAGGAUAUAGGGGGAGACAUUGGUCUGGGCAGGCACCCUAGUGAGUCGCCGGGGCUGAGCCCGUAAGGUCAGAUGGAGAACAUCUCAGAUAUGUGAUACGCGUAGUGUGAGACACGACACAGUGCCAGUAUGUGUAGCUGUUCUCGUAGCGUGUGUCACCAGCUGGCGUCGUAUUAGGCCCAAGGCAAUUAGAGUUCGAUAGAACUGAUGAGCACGUUGGCUGGAGCUGAUUGUGAGCACAAGCGGUGCCGUGAGAGUGUUUGUUUACGGGCUUGUUUUAUACCUGUGGUGUUAGUGAUAGCGUGAAUGUUGGUGUAUCUUUUUCGCCAUCCUUUUUUGCAAUAGCGAAACAUCGGUAAGAGA